CUGGAGCCCCAGGGUCCAGUGCAAGCUUGUGUGAUCAGCUCCUGAAUUUCCUCGCAUCCUUCGAAAGGUCCUAGUGGAUUCAUCGAGAAGACCGACUGUCAGCACGCUGUGCUUGUGGGUGGGUGGAAGAAAGGGGGUCACCAGGACCUUUAUUUCCAUCACCAUCAAGAGAAACCCUUGACCCUGUAGCUGCUGCCCCCCAGCUAACGCCUUCAUCCACCCCAACCCUGGACAACCACUAGUCUACUAGACCAUAGACAUUUGCCCUGUCUGUGCAUUCCAUAUAAGUGCAGCCAUCCGUGGGCUCCACUUAUCCUAAUGAUUUCAGUAUUCAUCCACCCCAUCGUGGGUAGGAAUACUUUUCGCAGCCCGAAGCGAUUCCGUUAUCUCAACAGGCCACGUUUGUUUAUCCAUCCAUCAGUUAAUGCUUGGCUUAUAUGUAGUUUUUGUUGUUGAAAAUAUGCACAGCCCUUUGUGGUUUGAAAACCUAGUUUCUCAAUUGCGGUUGUUUUUUGUUUUUCUUUUACCAGUCUUACCGACAUAUACAUUUUGUUUUGUUUCUCCUAGAAUAAAGAUGAGCUUUGGGUGGACUGUCAGGUCAGCGCCAGGUCGCUGGACCACCCUAAGCCCCAGCAGUCGGGGCGCACACGGAUCGACUGGGUUAUUUGUGCCCUCUAGUCCCCCUGUGGACCCUGAGAAGGUCAAAGAGCUGCAGCGCUUCAUCAGCCUUUCCAAGAGGGUCUUGGUGGUGACCGGGGCGGGCAUCUCCACGGAGUCGGGCAUCCCAGACUACCGGUCCGAGGGCGUGGGGCUGUACGCUCGCACCGACCGCAGGCCCAUCCAGCACAAGGACUUCGUGCGGAGUGCGCCCAUCCGCCAGCGCUACUGGGCCCGAAACUUCGUGGGCUGGCCGCGCUUCUCCUCCCACCUGCCCAACCCGGCGCACUGGGCGCUGAGCAACUGGGAGCGACUGGGCAAGCUGUACUGGCUGGUGACCCAGAACGUGGAUGCCUUGCACACGAAGGCGGGGAGCAGGCGCCUGACCGAGCUCCACGGGUGCAUGCACAGGGUGCUGUGCCUGGCCUGCGGCGAGCAGACUGCCCGCGGACAGCUACAGGGGCGCAUGGCCGAGCUGAACCCCACCUGGAGCGCGGAGGCCCACGGCCUGGCUCCCGACGGCGAUGUCUUCCUCACAGAGGGGCAGGUGCAAAGCUUCCAGGUCCCAGCCUGUGCUCGGUGCGGAGGGCUCCUGAAGCCAGAUGUCGUCUUCUUCGGGGACACGGUGAACCCGGGCAAGGUUGACUUUGUGCACCAGAGGGUCAGAGAAGCCGAUGCCCUCUUGGUGGUGGGAUCAUCCUUGCAGGUAUACUCGGGCUAUCGGUUCAUCCUCACUGCCCAAGAGAAGAAGCUGCCAAUCGCCAUACUCAACAUCGGGCCCACCCGGUCGGACCCGUUGGCGUGUCUGAAACUAGAUUCUCGCUGUGGCGAGCUGCUGCCUCUGAUCGACCCGCACUGAGCCCAGGCUGAUGUUCCUAAGCCAGACACUGGGCCUUCCACUUGAGUGCAACGCAGUAAAGGUAAAUGCCUCCUCAGCCACCAGACUCCAGCUGAGAGUCGCAGCCGCAGACAAAAUACAGAAGGCUGUAGGAUCCUCCACGCUACCACAAAGGUUGGGGGUUUGAGGCCACCCAGAGGUGCCUUGGAAGAAAGGUUUGGGAAUCCUUCCCCCCCAAAGGCAACCAUUCAAGAUGCUAUGGUGCCUCGAUGAACAACUGCCUCCUUCGCCAGGGCACCAGAAGACCAGUGUUGGGGUACAGGGGUACCCCAACGGGCCCUCAGGAGUGACUUUGCGAUUGUGGGAACUAUUAAAUACAGGCAGACAGACAAUGGGGCACAGGGGCUCCUCGCCCCAUGUCAGGAUUGAGGGUAAAUGUAUAGAAUGGGGCUCACAGAUCCUUGAUAAGGCAUGCACACCCUAUAGCUAACAUGUAGGCAGUCAGUGGGUGAUAUCUUAAGUGGGUAACAAUAAACAGACAAUGAGGCGAGUCGGCGUCUUGAACUAGUGCUAGUUGACUCUGAACAACCCCCCCCCCCCCCAAGCCAGGGGUAGUAAUCUCUGCUCAGUAUCAGCAAGAGACAUCAAGCUAGCUUGCUGAACCUGCUUGCUCUUAUCUACAGGUAACGGUCAGGCAUGGUGAAGUAGCCAGACACAGAAAUGAUGUGUCUAUGAUGGAGAGCUAUUGUGGGGGGUUGGGGUGGGGGGCACGUUAUUCUGCCUGGAGAACGUCCAUUUGAAAACAUUUCUAUCUCGGGACCAUGGAAAUCUUUCUCAAAAUAGGGCUAAUUUUCCGUGCCCCUGGUUGCGAGUGUAUUAAUAUGGUCAAAUGCUUUCUACCAAGUCCUCAGUUUACCACAGACCAGUUUACCCCUGGUGGCCAUUAUCGAAUCUUUUGAACAAAGAUUCACUAGAAGAAUCCUGAUCAAAAGGGGGUGGAGGAACAGAACAGAGGUGAAAAAGUUUCACCGAAUCUAGUAAAGAAGGUCAGCCGAACUAGCUAUGUGACAUAAAUUGACAGUAGCAAUCAGUCGAUGGGAACCCCGAGGGGCAGUAAGUUCAUAUGUUAAUGAGGGAGGAACAGGACUCGGAAUAGCAGGGGGAAACUGUUCCCCCAUUCCAAGUUUGUAACCAGUGACAGAUGGUUAUGUGUGGACAGUCGACUUGGUCUGUUUGGCUAUGUCUGUUCUAACCAAAUAAAAUAAUUAAAAUAGAUAAA